AUGGCCUCUCCUGUUUCUGCGUAUCCGCCUGAAGAUGAUCCCAUGCAGGGCGCUGCUGAGGAGGAGGAGGAAGGAGAGGGCGAUAUUGUUGGACCCGGAGAGCCAGACGAUAGUUCGGAAGAAGAAGAGGAAGAUGCGGACGAAGAAAGGCGCAUCAGAGAAGGAUUCAUCGUGGAUGAAGACGAGGAUGAUGAGGAUGACGAGGAAGAACGGAAACGACGCAAGAGACGUAAGAAACAUCAUCGGCGAAGACGUGAAGAGGAAGAAGACUUAGAGGAAGAUGACCUCGAUCUAUUGGAGGAAAAUACUGGUGGAACAUUUAAGAAGUCGAGGCUGAAGCGUCUUGUUAGGCGAGGAGCGUCAGAAUCGCCUCCGACAGCAUCGUCCUCCAAACGUCGCGCAGUUGUAGAGUCUUCUGAUGAAGACUUGGAUGACGACCCGUUACCAAAAGUUCAAGAUAUUCAGCAAAUCUGGGAUGAUCAGCGAGACGAGUUUGAUGACGAUGCGGAUGGGGAUAUAGAUGAUUUUAUUGAAUAUGACGACGAGGAAGAGGGUGGUAUGCCAAUGGACGAGCGAGCUCGUGAGGAAAGGCGCAAGGAGAGAAGGAGACAGCAGCAAGAGUUUCGACGCAAAAGUCGUGGAGCUCAUCCUGAGCUUGCUGGCAUUGAUGCGAAUGCUUGGGCCGAGAUUCACGAUGUCUUCGGAGAUGGCCACGAAUAUGACUGGGCUCUGGUUGCAGAUGAGGAGGCAGAGUAUGAGCAAGAGACGCAGAAAGACAUGACCCUUCAAAAUGUAUUCGAACCUUCUGAAAUUCGUGAACAUCUAUUGACUGAGGAUGACAAUCUCAUUCGAGCUCGAGACACGCCAGAACGUAUGCAAUUAACAACUUCUUCCCUCUCGGAAGCUGCGAGUAUAUCGCUGCAUCAAACAAUCAUUGCAGAGGAUCUCAACAAGGAUGGUGCUCGCUGGGUUACUCUCCGUCUGUCACCCGAAAAGCAGAAGGAGUUCUUCAGUGCUAACGGGGCUUAUCAACAUCUUCAAGGAGAAUUGGUCAUGGCUGUUACCUUUGCCCUUCGAGCAAUGUUUGUCGAGGAAUAUGAGGUACCUUUCAUUUGGACACAUAGACGCGAUUAUAUAUCCCACUUCGACGUCAACGACACGCGCUCCCCUCGUCUUGAACUCCUAUCCCUUCCAGAAUUAUGGCGCAUCUAUGCACUAGGCCAGAAGUACCGGUCUCUUGUCGAGCGGCGAAACGCAUUGUCAGCUUCAUAUCGCCGCCUUGGGGUUACCGACACUUAUUACACAGAUGAGAUCUUUCCUGCGAUUGACAGUGUGGAGUUAGUCGCGGAUACUAGUGAAUGGUUACUCAUGAAAUACAAAGACAAGAAGGAGAACGUCGCUGCGUUCCGUUUCCACGAUGACGACGAAGCUGAAGUAGAGAAGAAACACAAAAUGCCCAGUCGCAUUUCCGCAUACGAAUUGGCGAAGAAGAGCAUUGUUUCACGGCUUGCUGAUGGCUUUGGUAUCGCUUCACAUGAAGUCGUACUCAAUUUUGUGAAUGAAACACGCUUACAUUAUGUCGACAAUCAAAACCUUGAUCCUCUAAUUUACGCAGAGCAGUUUGCAGAUCCAGAUCCAGCAAAAGCCCUGGCUCCUGAGGAGCUUCUUCGCCGCGCUCGAAUGAUCAUUGCCACUGAGUUGGGCAAAGAUCCUCUUCUUCGCGACCACAUGCGACAGCUUUUUAAGAAGAACGCUGUUGUCUCUGUCAGCCCUACCGAGCGAGGUCGAGCUAAAAUUGAUGAGCAACACGUCUACUAUCCGUUCAAGUAUCUCUAUAACAAACCUAUCGAGAACGUGUUAGGAUCGUCGCAGUUUCUGUACAUCCUCAAAGCUGAACAGGAACUUCUGGUCACUGUUUCAAUCUAUCUUCCUCCUGACAUCAAGGCCAAUUUCGAGCGAAGAUUGAUAGAUGCCUUUUCGUCAGAUCUGCUCCGGGAGUCAACAAAGGCUUGGAAUGAGGAACGGUCACGGGUAGUUCAGGAAGUCAUGGAACAGCACUUAAUACCUGCGGCGGUCAAAUGGACAAGGGAGUUCCUCAGAGAAGAGGAGGAAGACUACGUUGCCAAUCGCUGUGGUGAUCAGUUGCGCAAGCGAAUCGACGUUUCUCCCUACUACAAUCCACAGAAUUCUCCGAUGAAGCUUGGCGACACGCCUUCGGUGUUGGCUGUGUCCUGGGGCAAGGGAGACCCUCAAAAGGAUGCCAUCUGUGUGGUGUUCAUGGACGACGGUGGGCGUAUGCGUGAAUGGAUCAAGAUUGACAAUCUAGUAGACACCGAAACCAGAGAUGAAUUCGUUGAUAUCAUUAGGCGAAGAAAGCCGGACGUUAUCAUUGUUGGAGGAUUCACCACGGCUACUGCCAAAUUAUCCCAGCGCGUCAAAGAAAUUGUCUCAGGCCGUUCUUCUUAUGAUCCCAAUUCUACGUUCGGAGAUUCCUUUGAUAUCCCCGUGAUAUACGUCCCGGACGAACUCGCGCGCAUUUAUCAUCACAGUCCUCGGUCAAAAGUCGAGUUCAGCUCGCUUCCGCCUAAUGCUAGAUACUGUGUUGGUCUUGCACGAUACGCUCAGAGCCCUCUCAACGAAUACGCUGCAGUCGGAUCUGAUAUCACAGCAUUAUCAUUCGAUGAUGACGACCAACACCUAGUCCCCAAAGAUAAAUUGCUUGUCGCCCUGGAGCAAGCUCUUGUCGAUAUCGUCAAUAAAGUCGGAGUGGAUAUCAAUCGAACCGUUACAGAUCGAUACUAUCAGUAUCUUUUGCCCUUCGUAUGUGGUUUCGGUCCAAGAAAGGCCCGAGAAUUGAUUUCAAAGAUUGACGGACUGGGCGGAAGUCUGGUCAACCGGAACCAGUUCAUUAAGAGCGGUAUACUCACUACCAAAAUUUUCUUGAAUGCGGCAGGAUUCCUACGCAUUACUCAAGAACAGGACGAUAUGAAAGUCAAACACCGUAUAGACGAUGAACAAGCUCCAGAUCCCCUAGAUGACACUCGUAUUCACCCUGAGGACUAUGAACUCGCUCGAAAAAUGGCGACUGACGCCCUGGAAUUGGACGAAGAAGAUAUUCACGACGAGCACCCUUCGCACGUAGUGGGACUCAUCAUGCAGGACCGCGAAAAUGACAAGAAGCUCUCAGAACUCAACCUGGACGAAUUCGCCGUUAGUUUGUUCAAUGCAAACCAAGAACUGAAGCGUCAUACUCUCAACGUGAUCCGAGAUGAGCUACUCAAACCCUUCUCAGAGCAGCGGUCACCAUUUCCACCCAUCGAUGGCUGGAAUGUUUUGACUAUGUUGAGUGGCGAGACGCAGAAAACGCUCCGUAUCGGUCUCAUCGUAUCAGUUCUGGUCUUCCGAACACGGCCUGAUAGCGUUCAUGUUCGUCUAGACUCUGGGUUGGAGGGCAUUAUCAAGCAAGAAUAUCUGGUUGACGAUACACCCGGCGCCGAGAAGCCCGUCAAGGGCAAAACGAUACAAGGAGUCAUCAUCGAUGUCAGAAUUGAUCAUGAAAACGACAUUUAUGAAGUUGAACUGUCUUCGCGUUGGAGUGAUGUUGUAGAAAACGACACGGAGUUCCGAAGGAAACAGCCUGAUGUGUAUUGGAAUCGCGCUCAGCACGAGAAGGAUUUGGACAUCCUGGCUAGGAAACAGAGAGCUGAAGUCACAAAAACACGUCGUAUCAUCAAGCAUCCUAAUUUCCACAACUUCAACACCUCUCAGGCAGAACAGUAUCUGGAUGGUCAACAGCGUGGAGAUGUUGUCAUACGACCGUCUUCCAAGGGCAUCGACCACCUGGCAGUAACCUGGAAAGUGGAUGACAAGUUGUACCAGCAUAUUGAUAUAACUGAAAAGGGCUACGAUCCUACCGGACAGAGUUUGGACACUCAGUUUGUCGUGGAUGCUAGCCAUACCUAUAUCGAUCUCGAUGAAUUAAUCGUCAGACAUGUAAAUGCAAUGAGUCGACGUGUUGAAGACCUCAUGGCGCAUGACCGGUUCAAACCUGGUUCCGAGGACGAAUUGCAUCUCUUCUUGAAAAAUCAACUUCUCGCCAAUCCAGCGAAGAGUAUGUACGGUUUCACCCUGAAUCGCAAGAGACCAGGACACUUUAACUUGUGUUUUUUGGCAAAUAAAGACUCUACCGUUCAAACAUGGCCUGUCCGAGUCACCCCUGAGGCAUACUAUCUGUUUGAGGCCCCUGCAGUAGGCGUCCCAGAAUUAUGUGAUGCUUUCAAAGUUCGGCAUUUGCACGAAUCACAAAAUUUAGGAAACGGGGGAGGGAAAACCCCAUAUGGCGCUGGGCAGCGUACGCCUGCACGUCCUGGAUAUGCCACCCCUUCUGUGCGGCCUUCACGGACGCCUAACCCAUACGGAGGUACCACGCCAGGUCCAAAUUAUGGCGCUCCACCUUCACAACCACCUUAUGCUGGCUAUCAAACUCCUCGUGGUUAUCCCGCUCAAUCCAUGGGAAACAUGAAUCCUGCACGAGCAGCCAUGAUGAAUGCCUCCGUGGGUUCUGUGGGCAACAAUCGUUUCAGAUAA